AUGGCGUCUCUCAGGAUAACCGUGGCGCUCGCCGUGCUCGCGGCCGUGCUGGCGAUCGCCGUCUGCCUCCCCGCCCCCGCGCCGGGCGGCGGCCACCACCACACCCGGGUCCGAAUCCACGUCCCGCACAAGAUCCACCACAUCCACCACCACCACGUCAAGAAGGUGCCCGUGUACGUCAAGGAGAAGCACCACCACGAGCACGAGCACCAGGAGCCGGGCUACUACAAGAAGAGCGACAACCUGGACGAUGGCCUGGAGGAGGAAGAGGAGGAGGACGAGGAAUAGGCACUCCCCAAACCAAAAACUGAGUCCAAAUUGUUGUUAUUGUUGUUUUUUACGCCGCUACCUUUGCAAAGUCUGUGAUAUUGGUCGAGACUCGUUGCCGCCGGGGUUUGUCCGAGAUGAGAGAGCACGCUGAGCCUCGUCCCCGCCAUCCCUCGCUCCAGGACGCUCGCCUUGUGUACAUAACUUAGUGUUUAA